UAUCCCCUAGUCAGUGAACCAUCAAUACUAUCGGAUAACCCCAAUUCCACCUCUAUGUCAGCGCCGGUUAUAACAAAUUACACAAGUGCAAAAAAAAUAAUAUAAUCAAAAAUGCCGGGAUUUCGAAUGCCCUCCAACAAGACCCUGGGAAACAUAUGCGUUUACGGCGCUGUUGCAUCCAUAUCAGCGGUCAUGUACAUGCGCUGGAGGAUGGAGAAUCGCGUCAGAUCCUGUGAUUACUACAAGCUGGCCAUCAGUGCCCUGAGACACCACAAGGGAGCUGUGAAGCUGUUGGGUGAACCUAUAAGAGAGUCGGGCAUUGAUCUUUCCAACGCAAAUAAUAACUGCAAUGCAGAGAAGGCACAAUUGGAGGUCUCAGUGCAUGGCAGCAACGACAAAGGAACCCUGUACUUCUGGGCGACCAAUCUACCAGACAAAGGCUGGCUGAUUGACCGACUGGAACUGGAAACAAAGCGUAAUCCAGAUAAGCGUUUUCUCCUCAAGAAAUCCGAAAAGUCCGAGCUAGACUAUCUUCUGCCCGAGGCUCAUAGCCCACAGCAGUGGGAGAAUGCCACAUUGCCCAAUCCGCCACAACAGACAGAAGCCUCGCAGCAGGACAACGUAACGAAGAGGAUUUAUGAACAGCCCCUAAACGAACGACCACAACCACAGGAGGCAAGACACUGAAAGAGCCAUGAAAUGGGUUAUAGAAAUGUAGUAACAAUUUCCGAUUUAGUUAAUUUAUUCUCAUUAAAUUUUACUAAUUCAAGCAAUCUUAAAUGUUUAAUA